GUGUACUAUUCAACCUUUUGAAAUGUCGGGAAUUGGCCAACUCAUAUUCAUAUACCUGCUGGGACUGCUGACGCUGCCUCUCCUGCUCGCAGCCGCUGUUUUGGGGCUGGCUCUGUGGGCCAUGGUACCGGACCCUGAGAAGAGCAACCGGCAGACAUCUCUGCUUGAUGCCAAGGCUGCUGCACUACGUGAGCCCUCUGGCGACAACAUAGCAUCUCCGACGUCCCCGUAUGGCACUCGCCGGACCGGGUGGCUGCGAAUUUCUCGCUGUGCGUCUGGAGCGUCGCCCGCGCACGGGCCGAGCGAAUCGGCAGCCCGUCUCAGCGACCUUGUGGCGCGCGGGAUCAACAAGUGGAUCCACAACAAGCGUGGCAAGCCCGAAGACCCGCCACCAGUAGCCACAAACAUGAAUUAUGCAGUGCUGGAAAACGGAACGCUGGCAAUGUACGAGAGCGAGAAAAUGGCCGAGGGCCAUGGCGUCAUUGUUCUGAGCCAUUACCAGGUCACGCUGCAUCACUCUGAGGGCGCUUCUGAGUCGCAGAUGUACUCGCGGCGCACGCCCAUUAGGCUGGCUCCGCUGGCGGCAGCGGUGGGCGCCGAUGUGCGGCAGAGGAAGGACUACUAUUUGUUUGCCGAUCGGGCUGUCGACAAGGAGGACUGGUAUUAUGCGUUACUGUGGAAUUCGCUGAUGGACAUUGAGGAUGGCGAGGGCGAGGCGGAGGAGCAGCCAGCGCUGAGAAAGCAGGAUGUCACGAGAACAGAGCCGAGCGAGGAUCAUGUGCCUGAGAGUACAGGCCAAGAGAUCGACGGUGCGGAGGCUGUGAUGCGUCGCAGCUGCAUGGAGCCGGAUAUGUCUGGAAUCCACUCUAUCUUAGGCAACGUCGCAGCACGUAAUGGCACGGGCGUGCGCUCAGACGAAUGGCUCAAUGCUAUAUUUGGCCGCAUAUUCAUCGGCCUGUACCGCACAGAGUGGGCUCGCGAGCAUUUCACAAAGAAGCUACAGUCAAAGUUCCAGCGCAUCCAGCGGCCGGCGUUCCUCGACGAGAUUAUCGUCAGCGAUCUAGAAAUCGGCGGCAACGUUCCAGUCAUUACGAACACCAAGCUUGAGUCGUUUGAUAAGGAUGGACAGGUGGAUGUCAGUAUGUUUGUGCAUUAUCUGGGCGGAUUUCGCAUGGUACUGACGACCGGCGUCAAGAUUGGCUCGAUUCGUAUGUCGAUUGCGCUGAGGGUGGUGCUAGAGAGCUUGGCAGGCAAGAUGCUGCUGCGGUUCCGGCCGGCUCCAUCGAACCGCUUUUGGCUCGGCUUUUACGAAAUGCCACAGCUACGGUUGUCGCUGGAGCCCGUGUUCAUGCAGAAGCAAGUGCGGUAUAACCGCAUUUCGCAGGCAAUUGAGAAGCAGAUUUACGACAUUUUGCAGCUCUCCAUGGUCCUGCCCAACAUGGACGACACGGCAUUCUUCCCGAACGGUGCUGAGGGCGGUAUCUUCGAGGAUGCAAUGAAGGAGUUCCACGAUCUGGGUCUUGAGACUGACAGGCCGGAGGAGAUGAUGCUUGACGAGUCGCCGUCACUGGAAAAUAUGGCUGCGCCGCCAAUUCACCAGCACGACAGCGUGUUAUCAGAGGAAGAAGAGGAGGACGGGUUUGUCAGCAAGGCGGAUAACUCGGAGCUGAAGAAGCGUGCAUCGUACGCGUCACUGCAGGCAGCAUCAACGCUGGCUGGUGAUGAGGGCUUAGUAGGAAGUAAAGAGCUACCCAUGACAAGUACGCACCAGCGCACCAGAUCCACAGCAGACGCAUCCAAGUCGGACCUGCGGCGGUCGCCUCCCACAAUAUCCAUACCCAAGGCAGCAUCGAUAAAGUCGCACCACUUGCAGGCAGACGAGCCUGGGGAGCGGCAGACGAUGCGGCGCGGUUUGGGCACAGCGGUACGUCGGAUCGGGUAUGAGUUGCCGCUAUCGUCGGCGGCAGCAUCGCUGACUACCGAGAGCAAGAGCGGGCUGCGGUUCCCGAAUAUGGAGGUCGAUGGUAUGAGAAGGCGGGCCAAUAAUGCUGCUGAGCAGGUCGAGCUGCCCAUUCGUCGCCGGUACUCCAAGAGCCAGGCCGACCACUAAUGUCAAACAUACAUGUAAACGCUUAUUUAAAAUGAAUAGUAUGAUUUAGAAGGGUGGA